UGCUAUUUUGCCGGUUAGCAUUUAAAGACAAGUGAUACACUAUUUACGAUAGAUAUCACAUUUCACAGAGGUGCCCCGGUUUGGUCAAAUUAAACUAUAGUUAGAUCUGUACGUAGUAGAAGAACACGAAACAGCCAAUUCCGCUUGUCGGCGCCGGCCAGCUGGUAAAGCACCCACUCCACUGUAAAGCGGCGUCAACAUGCGGCGUUGCAAGACCUGCGGUGGAACUGACGUGGACGUGGAUCAGGCGCGCGGCAAUGCCGUGUGCAUGGGCUGCGGUUCCGUGCUUGAGGACAGCAUCAUCGUAUCGGAGGUGACCUUCGUGGAGAGCAGCGGAGGUGCCUCCUCAGCUGUCGGCCAGUUUGUGUCCUCUGACGGUCAAAGCAAUGGCCCAUCUCUGGGCGGUAACUACACUGGGAUGGGGAAGGAGUCCAGGGCACAGACAUUACAAAAUGCCAAGCGGCAAAUAAAGCACCUGGGCCAUCAGCUGCAGAUGAACCAGCACUGCUUGGACACAGCAUUCAACUUCUAUAAGAUGGCUCUGAGCAAGCGGCUGACACGCGGCCGCAAGUCAGCCCACGUCAUCGCUGCCUGCCUCUACCUGGUGUGUCGCACCGAGGGUACGCCACAUAUGCUGUUGGACCUGAGUGAUCUGCUGCAGGUGAACGUGUAUGUUCUGGGAAGAACCUUCCUAGUGUUGGCCAGAGAAUUGUGCAUUAAUGCUCCAGCCAUAGAUCCGUGCCUGUAUAUUCCGCGUUUCGCGCACAUGCUGGAGUUCGGGGACAAAAGUCACGAGGUCUCCAUGACAGCGCUGAGACUCGUGCAGAGGAUGAAGAGGGACUGGAUGCACACGGGACGGAGACCCUCCGGGCUCUGCGGAGCAGCCCUGUUGGUCGCCGCCCGCAUGCACGAGUUUCGUCGCACGAUCAAAGACGUGAUCGGCAUCGUGAAGGUGUGUGAGGCCACGCUGAGGAAGAGGCUGAGUGAGUUUGAGGACACGCCCACCAGUGAGCUGACCAUUGAGGAGUUUAUGAGAGUGGACCUGGAGGCGGAGUGUGACCCGCCCUCUUUCAAAAAUGGUCAGCGAAAGCUAAGGCUUGCAAAGAUUGAGGAAGAACUGGCUAAAACAAUAGAUGAGGUUCAAGGUGAAAUUUGUGGCUAUCAGGAUGAGAUUGAAAUGGAGCUAGAAAGCAGUAGGCCAAAACCCAGAGGCAUGUAUGCGGCCUAUGCUGGAAACGAUGACGCGAUCUCCGUGGCGUCGUCAGGAGCCCACGGAGACGCCGGCGACCCGUUUGAGAACGAGGUGCUUCGAGCGGAGGCAUCGUACCUGUGCGAGGAGGGCCUGCACGGCGGCGACGAAGAGGAGGCGGAGGAAGAGAAGCGGGGCGGCUCCCCACGCAAGCGGCCGCCCCUGGAGGCGCUGCUCGGCCCUCUCCCCACGGCCGCCAGUCUCGGCCUCUCCGAAUCCAUCGCCAGGUGCAUCGGAGAGGAGAAGGAGAAUGGUGGCACGUCGGAGAGUGGCGAACUGGACCUGAGUGGGAUCGAUGAUGAGGAGAUCGACCGUUACAUCCUAAAUGAGAAGGAGGUGAAGAUUAAGACAGAACUGUGGAUGCUAGAGAACGCGGACUACCUCAAGGAACAGAAAGAAAAGGAGGAGAAAAUAGCGAAGGAGAAGGAGCUUGGCAUCUACAAGGAGAAAAAGCAACGGAAGCCGGGGCAGAAGCGGCAGCCGUUCAGCGCACGCACGGCGGACGAGGCCAUCGAGAAGCUUCUGGAACAGAAGCGCAUCUCCAACAAGAUCAACUAUGACGUGUUGCGUGACCUCAACAAGCCCAACCCCAGCAGCCCCUCCGCGACAGCGGAGUCCCCCGCCAAGGUCACCUCCACGGCAAAGACCCCGGGCCGUCAACGCAAGCCUGCCGAGGCCUCACAAAGCCUCGCCACCACGGCCAGCAGCUUCGGCAAGAGAUUACGGCCACUCAUAUCAGCACAGCCCUCUAAGAAGCUGGCCCUUGAUCAGCUGGUGUCUAACACCCCAGUGCCGGCCCCGGCUGCCACUACCCAGAAUGUCGUGGUUGUGGAGUGCGGGCCAGUGGUCUAUGAAGAACCAGGAAACGAGGAAGAGGAGGAGGAUGAAGAGCCCUGCAUCAGUGCAAUGCAGCUCGUUGGCGGCAACGACUAUGGCUAUGAUUUGGACGAUGACGAUGGGUUCUAAUUGUAGUCUGUUUGAAGGCUAUGAAAACUCAGAAAACAGAUUAUACUUCACCUGUGCGUGUGUGCGUGUGUGCGUGUGCGCGCGUGUGUGCGUGUGCGCGCGUGUGUGUGUGUGUGUGUGUGUGUGUGUGUGUGCAUACAAACAUGCUGUUGGCUUAUACUUGAAAGGUUCUCACACACAACAAUUAGUCUAUUAUACAAUCAUGAUAAGCUUGAAAUAAUUUUACAGAGAUGCUACAUUUUUCUUGGGUGUGGGUGCAUGUGGGGGGGGUGUGUGUAUACAUACAAAUAUGCUGCUGUUUGCUUAUACUUGAGGAAAAAUUUUCUCUCACACACAAUGCUUACUCUAAUAUACAAUCAUGAUGACAAACUUGAAAUCAUCUUAAAGUGAUGCUGCAUUUGUCUUGGGGUGUGUAUGUACAUGUGUGUUUUUUUUGUUUUUUUUUUGUGUGUGUUCAUUCAGAUGGUAUAGAGUAAUGCAGGUUAUACAUUGCAGUCUGUCAUGCAUGCCACAACUGUUCCCCUCCCAUAGUGAACCCCGUCGGUUUUCCCGUCUGUAGUCCUGUGGCGUGACUGGGGGAGCCCCCAUCCACAGGACACCAGCGUUAUCCACGUCCUUGCUGGUGUUCAGGCGUGAGUGGGGCUGUAGAUGGGAGCUCUCUCUGAUCGCAGUGCUGGCUUCUCUGCACCAGCCGCCUCACUGGCUCCCUAAAGGCUUGUGAUGCUGGCGUUUUCCUAGCAGAAGCAUUUGUGUAGUAUACCCUGGUGCACUAAUGUGGCAAUAAUACAUGCGUAUGCACGCGCACAUAUGCACGCGCAUGCACACACACACACACACACACACACACACACACACACACACACACGCGGUCAGUGUCUUCACUAAUGAGGAAAAAAUUGAGACACAAAGCAUGAUGCUUCCCAAUGUCUUUCAUCUACUUUCAUCUCUGUGUGUGUGUGUGUGUGUGUGUGUGUGUGUGUGUGUGUGUGUGUGUGUGUGUGUGUGUGUGUGUGUUUCACUGGCUGUGAGUGGCCCUGUCUCUCCUGGGUGUGUGCUUUCUGUAUACAGUAACUACAUUAGUGUCAGAGACAGCCUUCUGCUGACAUAUGGCCAUGUACGCCUAACUGGAUUAAGGCUGGUGCCGUUUUCUAUGUGUAUGCGAGCGCGAAUGUAUGUGAGUAAAAAAAAAUGAGAUGACUAUUUGAAAUGCCAAAGUCUUAUGAUAAGAAAGCCUUACUGGCUGUGUGUGUAAAGCAGUGGUUUAAACCUGUGGGAUCAGGGCCAGCUUCUUCUGUGUUGCUAUGCUGCUAACCCACAGCACAUGUUGGUACUGUUAUUUAAUCAUGUAUGACAUGACUUUUGUUAAAAAGUGAAUGUAAUUUUGUUAAGAAUUGAAUGUGGCUUGGCUGUUAAGAGACUGCUAUGCUGUUCUGUCCAUGCUGAGGUCUCCGUAUACAAGUUCUAAUAUCAGAUGGGAGACACUUCACACUUGGAACAGUUUUACUCCACAUAAGUGCUGUGGAUUUUUUCAUUUAUUUAUUUUUGUCCUUAAACAAAUAGUUUCUUCUCAAGUUUAUUUUUUUCCUUCAGUCAUUCAUUUCUGACACUCGUUAGAGUGAAUCAGUAAAACAACAGAAGACCAGCAAGAAGCUUUUGUGAUUUGGAAACUCCUGAUCGUGCUCCACAGACUCCGUCUGAGAUCUCUCACGCAGGUCGCUCACCACAUUCCCAUCGCUGCCAAUACACACCCCUUGCAUUUGGGCUGGACCCCACAUCCCCCGGGCCUGGAUCGUCAGCACUUGGCCAAGUGUAACUAAAUAGUGCUUACAGAAAGAAAUCCUGCAUGUGUGGUGUUGCCUACAUUCUGCAUGUAUGAGUCAGAAGUAUGUUGAACAUAUUGCAUAUUGCCUUUUAGUUUGUGAGCAGAUAUAUCGAACCUUUUGGGUGAUCUGGUACUGUGAUGGUUCUAUGCAACUGACCAUGACUGUGUUCAUCAGUAAAGCACCAUUCCUGUAUAUACACCUUAAUUAUGCCUUAAUUAGGAAGUUGCUGCUGUCCUGGCAGAACUAUGGUAACACACUGCAUGCUUCUUGUCUGAAAACAUCGAAUGUUGCAGUCAUUAAAACCGCCUGUACAAUCAC